AAGGACUGAUGCUCUUAUCCAGAAAACUAUUCGAGAAGAAUUCAAAUACUGCACCAUGCUUGUUAUUGCUCACAGACUAAAUACAAUCAUUGACUGUGAUCGGAUUCUCGUGCUUGAUGCUGGUCCGGAUGAUGCCAGAUGUCAUCCAUGCUGCAAGUAUUUCAUUGGUUGAAGGUUGUUGGUGUAAAUCUCUCCGUAAAGUUGAGUGGAUAUUUCCACAACGACAGCAAAACUGUUCGCUCGUUGUGAACUUCCAGGAGAAUUAUCGGCAGCACCAACAGAUAAAUUGAUUUGUUUUAAAUUUCAUGUUGUCAUUGGUUUUUUGGAUGCUGUCGCAGAUUUCUACCAUGCUGCAAAGGUGCUAUAAAUACUCGAUUAUGAGAUCAAGCGGAGAUUGACAUCUCACACAACAAACUCAGUACAAUUUCUCUUUAUGCUCAGAUUCAUUUUAGUUUCAAGCCCUUUAGUUUAGUUUUAGGUAUACGCUUCAGCCUAAAUUAGUUUAGCAAUUAAGUUCUCCUUUUGUUGGAUUUGCAAUGGUGAGUUUCAUUGCUUUCAGUAAUAUUUCUUUGUAAUCAAAUUGCUUCCUUUCC